UCUAUCACUACAGUCUUGUGUGUGCUCUGCCCGAAAAAUCUAGCAAAAUGAGCAGAAUUUGGCGGAGAAUUCCUCUGAUCUACGGUGUUAAACACGAGCCUUUGAUUUUGGCAAGAUUUAACAUCUCCAGAUGUGUACAGACAACAACUGGCAGGCUCGACUCGCCUAAAGAAAACGGGGAAAGCAAUAGUAGUGAGUCCUCACCAAAGACUCCACCAAAGAGUCAUCUUUCAGCUGACAAACUCCUUAGCACCCUCACAGGGUUAAAGGUUAUGAAGAAUUUAGAUUCAAAGGUCGGGAGGUCACCAAGGUUAAGGUCAGCUGCAGCCGAUUUUCUUCAGCUGAAGGAGAAGAAAGCUGAUGAAAGAGACAGCACAAGUGAUGACAUUCAAAGUCCGGAGAUCAUUAAGAAAAUGGUGCUGGAGACUGUUACAAAAGUAGCCGAGAUUUUCCCAGAGAAGGAAGUUGUUGAGUCCGAUUUACUGAAACAGCUACGAAGGCAUGAUGAAGCCACUGAAGCUGGUCAACUUGGGGACCUAGAUGCAGUUAGUUCAAUUCUAUCGGGGAUCAAAGUUCAGAAGCAAGCAACCCUACGAAAGAAAGUGGAACAUACAGCGAGUGAUGAGAGAGCACUUACAGAGAUGUUAGGAAACCAGUUUGGAGAUGAUUCAAGACGAAGUGAGAAACCAGAGCCAUAUAAACGGCAACAGAUGAGAACAUUAUUUGACCGUCAGAGACUGAACCUAUUCAAAGUAUCUUCUGAUAAAGCUUCUAAGACACAAGUGUUAGUUGACCCAGAGAAUGAUGUCCUGACACUCUGGGAUAAGGAGGAAAAGAAGAAACUGAGGGCUUUGUCGUACUCCACAAUAAGCCAUGGAUUUGAGGAAAUGAUCAAAUGGACAGAAGAGGGGAAGUUAUGGCAUUAUCCAAUCAAUAAUGAACAAGGUCUUGAGGAGGAGCAAGCAAUUGGUUUUCAUGAGCAUGUUUUUUUCGACCAUCUUCUUGAAGAUCUUCCUCAGAUUGAACCAAUUAUUAACUUUAUGGAAUUGGUUUGUGUUGGGUUAAGUAAGAAUCCAUACCUCACAGUGGAGCAGAAACAUGAGCACAUAGAAUGGUUCAAGAAAUACUUUAUAGAGAGGGAAGCAAUAAUCAAGGAAGCAUUGGAGGCCGAGAAAGCUGACGAAGCAAGAGGAAUGGUUGUCUAAUGAGAAGUCUGUAUUCAUCUAAUGACUGUUAAAGCAUCCAAGUGGCAAAUUAUCUACUUGAUAUUUUGUUGAUAAAACGAUCCACAUCAAGAGGUGCAUUACAAGUUUAACUGCCUUCAACCACAGCUCUGUUCACUUCUUGUUCGUUAUGUUACCAGAUGCAUUGUCUCUUGGAUAAUAGUUUAUCACUGAUGCAGUGAGUGGUGAUCAGGACAGAUUUGGAAGAGUAUAGAGACAAUGAUUUAUGAAAGAAACCGAUCAAUGUUUCCUAACUCGUCUUCAAUCAAAAUGAAUAUGUUUUGUUUAUGUUUAAAAAACAACUCCGAUCUUCAAAAGAAAUGGUUUUUGAACUAGAAGAGGUAUGCUCGACGAUAAUACUGGUCAGUAAAGCUAUUUCAAAAGCUUGCUUUCUAUAAAUAUGAAGGCUGUAUAGGUUUUCCUAAAAAUGUGUGACAGUCAGUUUGAAAUAAAUACAUUCAGGCAUGCAAGUUACAGGAUACUUAUUGGACUCCCUGCACCUUUAGAUUGUCAUGGAAUUGCCAUUACAGAGAUGAAAGACUUGGCCUUUGUUUUAAAUAAAUAUUCAGAUUCUAUUUGCCAUAAUUCUAUUGGAUUUAUUUCCACACAAAAGAAAUAAAUUUUAUCAUAGUGUUUACCACUGCAUGGGAGAAUUUAAUAGCGAAUGUCAACAGAGGGCGCUAUUACAAUCAAAGAUGUGCAUUUAUUGCUGGGUGUUUGCAGAUUAAAAUUUAACAAACCUUGUGAAAAUUGAAAAGGGGUUGGGUCAAUGUGAAUUUAUCAGAUUUAUGCAAUUUUUGCAAAGGAAUUUCAAUUGAACGUCUGCAAGGGUGAUACUUCGGAUAAACUCGGUUACCUGGGUAGUGGCUACUAUUAAAACAUACAAGUAUUACAUCUAGCAAAGACUAGGUUGUUUUUUAUAACGAUGUCACAAAAAUGUCAAUGGAUUGUGUUAUUUGGUAAUAAAACCAUUUUCAAAAUAAAAAAUGAAUAAGA